GUCAUACAAUUGAAAAUUACAAGUGGCACUGACAUUUAAGUGAUCUUAUAAAAGAAUAAUGUUGAAUGCAAUUUACAUUUAUAAUGGAAAUCAUUAAGAAAAACAAGCACUCUAGCUGAGUUUGGGAAUAUAUUUUGCAUCGUUUUACAAGUGUAAGAAUGAUGUUAAAUCGUGUAGCCUAUUUCGUUUUGUUCAUAGCAUGUCUAAUUGUAAAAUGUGAUGCUGCGCGAAAUUGUGAACGAAUCGCUAUUCCAAUGUGUAGAGAGGGCAUUGGAUAUAAAUUUACACAGUUUCCAAACAGAUUGGGACAUAUAACUCAAGCUGAGAGCGGUUUAGAAGUACACGUGUUCUUUCCGAUAGUCAAGGUUAAAUGUAGUCCACACUUUAAGCAGUUUUUAUGUGAAUUGUUUUUUCCUAGAUGUAAUCGAGUAGAUCCGUUGUUGCCACUUUUACCUUCACGACAUCUUUGUGAAAAGGCUAGAAAUGAUUGCCAACCUCUAAUGAAUAGAUUUGGAUUUUUUUGGCCUGAGUACAUGAGAUGUGAGAAGUUUUCAGACGAAAGUGAGACUACACAACCAUUACAGAAACCUCAAACAGUCAGGCCUGUGAUCAAACCUUCAACAGUCAAACCUAUCAUUUCAAAGUCACAAUCUUCAACAGUCAAAAACAUAGUAAAGACUUCGUUUCCAUUUAAGCUCAGUAUAAGAUAUACAACCUCAGCCAUUACGUUUGAGUCAUGUUGCAAUGUGUUCACCUACGCCAAGAAAGAGUUUACACUUCCUGACGACGAGGGAAUACUCUUGAAAACAGCAGACGUCAGGUCCUUAAAUAAACCUACUGUUUCGUGGGAAAGCACUUCAACAGACAAAAUAGGGAAAUAUUUCACGUUGUUAAUGGUUACCAAACAAGCCAACAGAUCUAAUGACGAACCUAAUGAAAAUGGGUACAUUAAUUGGAUGGUAACUAACAUACGAGGUAGAGAGGUAUCGGGUGGAGUAACGCUGAAGGAAUAUGAAGGGCCACUUCCACCUCAGAAUACGAACACUGACGUUGACUUUCUGAAUGAGAACACGGUAGUCUACUUUAUGUUGUACAACCAUCCAGAUCCAUUGAACAGCCGGAUGUUGGUGCACAGUAGCUUUUUUACUGACUCUAAAGUUGCAUCAAAAUCGAUAGCGAUUGAGGAAGAUGAAUAUGCUAGAUUCAAAUGGGUUGAGAAAUCGGCCGAAUCAGACUCGAGUGUAUGUAAAGACACCAAAGGCUAUCCCGAAAACUGCAAUACUCAGGAAACAAAUGAACACGUUUCUCUGCUGUAAUAUUUUAAAAAUGAAAUACAAGUUCUAGCAUGUA